AUGCCGCAGGAUAGGUAUGACCGGCAGGGACAAAGUCGCCAGAAUUUCAGACCCCAGGUUUCUCAAUCCCCGGCCAGUGUAAGUCAGGGUUCGAAGGGAAAGCCACCAUGCGGCAAGUGUGGUAGGCUCCACUUGGGAGAAUGCAGAGCAGGAAGGGUUGGUUGCUAUAAAUGCGGCCAAAUGGGCCAUCUUCUGAGGGAGUGUCCAACAUGGGGGAACAGGGCCCAGUCCUCUGCCAUCGCACCACCAGCUAGAGGAAAUCAGAGGGGCGCUACUCCAGGUACGAGUGGAGGUACAAACCGCCUAUAUGCCAUGGGUAGUCGCCAAGAUCAGGAGAACUCUCCAAACGUCGUGACGGGUAUGAUUCGAGUCUCUUCCUUUGAUUGUUAUGUAUUGAUGGAUCCAGGUGCCACCUUAUCUUUUGUAACUCCCUAUGUGGCUAGUAAGUUCAAUAAAAUCCCUGAACGUCUUCUUGAGCCCUUUUGUGUGGCCACUCCUGUCGGUGAUUCUGUCUUAGCUGAGAGAGUCUAUAGAGAUUGCACUGUGUCAAUUCAUCACAGGGACACCUUGGCUGACUUGGUUGAGUUAGACAUGGUUGAUUUCGACGUGAUCCUUGGUAUGGACUGGCUUUAUGUCUGUUUAACUUCAUUUGAUUUGGCUACUGUUCUGACUAUUUAUCCAUCACUUUUGUUUGUUGAUGAAUUAUAA